AUGUCACCGUACAAGUUGGUGUUUGGAAAGGCAUGCCACCUCCUGGUAGAGCUUGAGCACAAAGCACUUUGGGCAUUGCGACAGUUGAACUUGGACAUGGAGACCGCAAGCACUAACAGAGUCACUAGGUUACAUGAGCUAGAGGAAUUCAGGUUCCAGGCAUUCGAGAGUGCAAGAUUAUACAAAGAACGGAUGAAACUGAUGCAUGACAAGCACAUUGUGGACCGAAACUUCAAAUCCGGAGAGCUAGUGUUGUUAUACAACUCCAAAUUGAAGAUUGUUUCCGGUGGAGCUGUCGAGAUUGAAUCAGAGGAUGGGACGAAUAAGUUCACAGUGAAUGGUCAGAGGUUGAAACACUACCUUGGAAUGGCAAAUGAGAAAGGGGACCGAGAGAUAAUAAUGUUGGAAGAGCCCCAGUACGUGAAUGAGGAGUGA